AGAGAUGGGGCAGUGCGGGUUGAUCUCCUCCAAGACCGUGCUGGUCUUUCUAAACCUAAUUUUCUGGGCUGCUGCUGGCAUCCUAUGCUACGUGGGAGCCUAUGUCUUCAUCACCUAUGAUGACUACGACCACUUUUUUGAGGAUGUGUAUACUUUGAUUCCUGGUGUAAUAAUCAUUGCUGCAGGAACGCUCCUUUUCAUUAUAGGCCUGAUUGGUUGUUGUGCCACCAUCAGAGAAAGCCGUUGUGGAUUAGCAACAUUUGUUGUCAUCUUGCUCUUGGUGUUUGUGACAGAAGUUGUUGUGGUUGUUCUUGGAUACAUCUACAGAGCCAAGGUAGAAGAUGAGGUGGAUAACACAAUUGCAAAUGUUUUUAACCAAUACAAUGGGAUAUCCCCUGAUUCAGCAAGCCGUGCAAUUGAUUAUGUUCAACGGCAGCUUCACUGUUGUGGCAUCGACAACUACUUAGAUUGGGAGAACACACCAUGGUUCUCUGAAGCAAAGAACAACAGUGUUCCCCUCAGCUGCUGCCGUAACUAUGUGUUCAACUGUACAGGAAGCAUGAACAAACCUGGAGAUCUUUACUCUGAGGGUUGCAAGGCCCUGGUUGUAGAGAAGCUCCAGGAAAUAAUGAUGUAUGUUAUAUGGGCUGCUCUGGCGUUUGCUGCUAUACAGCUUCUGGGAAUGCUGUGUGCCUGUAUUGUUCUGUGCAGGAGAACCCGUGACCCUGCCUAUGAACUUCUUAUCACAGGUGGAACCUACGCAUAAGAUCUACCAAAUCGGCCAGCUCCUUGUGCUUCGUACCCUUCAACCUUCGUUCCAAAAGGGACAACUCGGCUGGACAAGUUCUCCUCGUCCACUUACCCACCUCUCCCAGCUGCUGCUCAGCUGUGAACUGACAAGACAGAUAUGACAGUGGGUCAGCUUGACCUCUGAACUGUUACCUCUGUCCUCAGCCUGUCACUUCUCUAGUGUUCUUUUUGUUUGUCUCAUUUUUAGUUUUGUGCUGAUUUUGUAGGUUUUAGCAAAAGUGACUGCUAAAGUAGCUGUAGGACUGUUAGUGAGGUAAAGCAGAAUUGUGUUAGGUUAUUGGUCUGAACUCACUGAUAAUACAAAAACUGACUCUGUAUGUGCAGCUGUGUGCUGUUAAUCACCACACAGUCACUAAUUGUACUUCUAACCUUAAAGGGACUACCUUCAAUUUGAAAACUAUAACCUGCAUGAGACACAUCUAUCUGCAGCAGGCAACAGCAGUAUUUAUAAAACCACUCCUGAACUCAUAGAAAAGGUUCCAAAAAAAGGAUUUUCUUAUAAUCUUGAGGGGAGUCUGUGGGAGGAAUGUCUUUUGUUCUAACUUUAUCAGCUUGAUCAUGGUCAACAGAAUCCCCUGAUGCUAAUUAUUUAUUCAGCUACACCAAAAUAUAUCAUUCUGUGUUGAUUCUUAGAAAGAGAAAGCCCAUCAAUGCAUACUUUUACUUGCAGCGCUGCUUUUAUAGUUCUCCUAACAAUAAUACAAAGCAUGUGUCCAACCAUCAAGCACAUUCAGCAUUAACAAAACUUCUCCUAAUGUAUUUUACAUAACCUCUCCAGAGGUGUAAAUGAAAUACUGUACAAGCCAUUUGUUGUUAAUUUAAAACACAUUAUAUGCCUUAUCAUCCAUGCAUCCUACUUCUGCUGCAGAAAAUAAGCAGUUUUUAAAAUGAAAACUACUUUUAGAAGUGCAAAGAGAUACAUGAUAUGUAUGGGGUUUGCACUAUACUUGAAUGAACCUAACCUGGAAUAUUUUAAGAACUCCAUUCAACUUUCUGUGAGCCACACUAUAGGUCGGUGAAAGAUGUUCUUCCCAAGCCCUCUUGAAGCUUUCAGUCAGGUUGAACAGGGAAAUCUAGGAGCCUUUCUGAAGCAAAUAUGCACUACGUUCUUUCAGUAGUUAUUUAGGUUUUUUUUCUAUUUGGGGCUGUUCUGUGUAUGGAGUGAAGAAUUUUACUGUUAAUAAUUUCACUAUAUAGAACAGCAAAUGAUUCUGUGACUGGAACUGACUUGUAAAUAGUGACUGAUUAAAUAAAAAUUGACACCCUUCCCA